AUGGACAAAUUUCGUUACUCCAAAAAUGGGUUUCUUGUAAACGACACAUGCAUCAUUGUUGCCGAAGUUUCUCGCAAUGACAAUUCAUUUGAUAGUGAGUUAGGAAGUUUCAAGGGAUUGUGCAAAAUAGAGAAAGACUAUGUUAAACUACUAAAGAAAUCAUGUUCAAAGUACUUUUCUCUUAUUGAAAGCCAUAGAAAGAGAAAAAGGAGCCAAAUGUUCAAUCAACUUUCAUUCACAACAUUAGGGAAACUCUUGCAUUUUCUAAAGACUAAGAAAGUGAAGGACAUGAAGAGUGAUGAUGCUUGUAAGGAGUUACAAGAUUUAUGGGAUGAAGCUGAGAUUAGAUUUGAUGAUUUGAGUUUAGGGAAUGCAACCAAAGUGGAAAAGCAUGAGGUUAAUGUGGUUGAUUUGGAAGAAAAAGUUAAUACCCUGAAAGCAGAGGCAAUUGCUAUAGAUGCUGUUCUUGAAACAACAAAGAAAGAAUUGGCAAUGCUUGAAGAAGGUUUUGUAGAAGUAGAUUUGGAUGAUCAACUAGGAUAUGGAAUACCCUAA